GAGCGAGAGGAAGGGGGGAAAAAAGGAGAGGAAGAAGAAGAAGAAAAAAAAGCGCGAGGAGUCGGUCGAGGGGGCUUUCGUCUCGUCCUUUUUUUUUUCCCCCCCUUUUUUUUUUGCCUUCAAAACACACACACAAAAAAAAAGAUGUCAGUGCCGGCGACGAAGAUGAGUAAAAAGGAGGUGAACUCGAACCAUGAUGGAGCAGACGAGACCUCAGAAAAAGAGCAACAGGAAGCCAUUGAACACAUUGAUGAAGUACAGAAUGAAAUAGACAGACUGAAUGAACAGGCGAGUGAGGAAAUUUUGAAAGUAGAACAAAAAUACAACAAGCUACGCCAGCCAUAUUUCCAGAAGCGGUCGGAGCUCAUUGCCAAAAUCCCCAACUUCUGGGUGACUACGUUUGUCAACCACCCACAAGUAUCUGCGCUUCUGGGAGAGGAAGACGAGGAGGCAUUGCAUUAUCUGACUAGAGUGGAGGUGACGGAAUUUGAAGAUAUCAAAUCAGGCUACAGAAUAGAUUUUUAUUUUGAUGAGAACCCGUACUUCGACAACAAAGUUCUUUCCAAAGAGUUUCAUCUGAAUGAGAAUGGGGACCCAUCUUCAAAAUCAACAGAGAUCAAAUGGAAACCAGGAAAAGACCUGACAAAGCGCUCCAGUCAGUCACAGAAUAAAGCGGGGAGGAAGCGACAGCAUGAAGAACCAGAAAGUUUCUUCACCUGGUUCACUGAUCACUCGGAUGCCGGUGCAGAUGAACUCGGAGAGGUUAUCAAGGAUGACAUCUGGCCAAACCCACUGCAGUACUACCUAGUGCCAGACAUGGAAGAUGAGGAGGGAGAGGGUGAGGACGAUGAAGAGGAUGAGGAAGAGGAGGAGGGAUUGGAGGAUAUUGAUGAGGAAGGAGACGAGGAGGAGGAAGGGGAAGAAGAUGAUGAAGAGGAAGAGGAGGAAGGAGAUGACGCUGAGGAGGAGGAAGGAGAGGAUGAAUGAUCAGGCUUGUGUUGAAGUUCACCUCCCCUACUUUUUUUUUCUUUAGUCCCUGGGAGCAAGUUGCUGUCUUUUUGUGCUCAGUUUUCUUGUUCUCCUGAGGUCCUUAAACCAUUAUACACAUAUGAAUCGGAAUGAGUUACAUGUGCAAACUACAGUGGCAAUCUCUACCAUUUUCCAUGAACUGAUGCAAAUUCUCCUCCAGCCGGCUGAUCAGCACACCAUCUUCUGUAGUGAUGUGAUUGUAUUUUUUUAAUUUUUAUUUUAAACCCCACACCCCACCUCUCGCCUCCCUCUGCUGGAAGCCCAAUUGCUUCUUUCUGCCUUUGUGCUGUGACUUAGAUAAAAUUGAAUAGGCUUUUUUUUCCCCUUAUCUGUCCUGGCCCAGAGAUUACACUGUGUUUCCAUGUGAUGUGGACAAUUAGCAGUUACCAUCAAGUCCUUGUUUCCUUCUCUCUUGUAAUAAAUUGGGGUGUGACUGAGACACCUGGGGUAGAUGCAGACAGUUGGGUUCUAAUGGGUGGGUUUGUUGGGUAUUUUGAGGACGUGGCUGUACUUAGCAUGUCGGUGCAUUGUAUAUUUUUACAACAUCCAUGCAACCAAAGCCAAACACUUUUAAAUAUUAAUCGAUUUGAGCCCUACAGCAGAUGGAGGAACGACAGAACCUGUAGAAUCUUAUUGGAAUCUACAUUCUCUAAUGUAAUUUUUUGUUUCACCGGAAAGAAAAAUUGCUCAGUUUUAAACGUUAAAAGUGUACAAGUUGCUUUGUUACAAUAAAACUAAAUGUGUACACGAAAAGUGUGUGGCGAGUUUACUUUUAACUUAGGGUGGGUGUCUGGCUAAGGUGAUCCGUGUUUCUUUGAGCUUGUAUUUUACUUCUUAGAAAAAUGCAUAGACCUCAAAUUUACCUUGCCGCUGCUAGCAUUUAAAUGAGGCAGUUUUUUUAUUGAUAUCUUGCUGUUUUGGAGAAUGUGGGUACUUUGAAUAAAGUCUCUUGCCUUGUCAUUUUUCUGCUUUUCAUUUAAGCAAAUCAGUUGGACCAACCAUAGUGUACACAUGAGGGAUAGGUGUGAGAGUAUUUCCUUACCAUUAUGCAAUUGGAUUGGGAGAUAGAUAGCAGUUUAAUUUUAAACUUAUCUGUAGUUUUGGCACCUGAAUCCAUUACUCUUGUGCAAAAAGAUUGGAUCUCUAGUGACUUUACACUUAUGAACCUGAUUGAGCAUUAAUCUGUUUGUUUGGUGAAUUCUGGAUUGAUAUCUAUGUAAACUAGAACUGUUUAAUCUAAAUCAGUUGUAAUGGAGGCAGGACUGAUUUGGAAGUAAUGACCUUGUUCUAUUUUAUGUGGCUUAUCCAAUUUCUGUGGAAUCUGUGUAAGAAACCUCAUGACUAAUCAAUGUCUAUUCUAUAUACCAGCUGAUAUGAUUGGCUAUAUGAAGGGAAAAUUUGGGCUGUUUUGCCCUUUGUAAACUGGGUCUUGUGGCUUCUGGUUUUACAUUUGAAUGGCAAAUGCUAUAAAUCGCCACAGGGAUACUGACUGCAAACUGAAAACAUCCUGCGUGGUCCUAUCCAGUUAUUUUUGUGAGACUAAACUUGAUAGUUCUUAGUAUCCCAAACAUCAUUCCCACAAGUGUUUGUGGAGUCCUCCCUCUGCAUCUGACCCAACACUCUGCACCCUUGAUUACAAGUUUAUUUACACAUGUAGUAGAAAUAUGGAACAAAUGUAGAAUUUGCUAGGACCAUUUUAGUUAAUUCUAGUUUUUUUUUUAAAAGGAGCACAGUUGUGGAACUACAUGGGAGCCUCCGUGUGUCCAUUGCCCCCAUUCCCACCUCUUUAGGGCCAGUGUAUUGUCCCAAAGAAAAGCUAGAUGCAGUAUUACUAGUGUAUAUGCCUUUCACCAUUAGUCAACUGUAUAAAUUGUUUCCACAAAAUGGCAGUUUUCUAUAUUAAUACUGUAUUGUUUCAGUAACUUUGCCCUCGUUUGAAAUGCUGUUGGAUUGUCUUAAGUUUUCAUUGUACAAUGUUUCCAUGAAUAACUUGAUCCAAUUUUAUCCUAAUUGACUGGAUUCAAAAUUGUAUUAAGAAUUCUCAGAAUGUUUUUUUUUUCCCCAUCACAAUGUUUUGUACUCUGUAUUUCCCCCCCCACCCACUCCCCGACUUCAGCUGGAUUGCAAAAUCCAUCUAUUGGCAAAGUAUUUCAUUGACUUAACUCAUUCCCACUUUUGACAUUUGACUUCCCAUUAUUUUCAAUGGGAAUCUGCAGUUCGGCUGUCAAAAAAUUAUCUAAAUUGUCACCAACUUAUUUUAUAUAGUGAAUAAAGAAAACUGAUUCACCUGAGUUUCACAUAUCAGUACAGCACAGUGGUAUAUUGUAACAUGAAUUCUUGUUCAGUAUGUUGCACGAGUAAUGUCCUAAACUGAUUUGUAUACGUUUUGCUAGUGCAUCCCAUCUCUACUCAAUCUUUCUUUGUGAAGAAGCAUGAUUUUGUUUUACAAUCAGUUUAGUGCUGCUGAAGGUGACGACGUGUCCCUCUGUGCUCAAUGCUAACCCUUGGAGCAAGAGUUUAUUUUCAAUUUGCUUUAAUUAUGGAAUUGCUUAAAAUAAUUGAACGCCUACAGUUCCAUGGACUUGCAGAUAUUGAACACCUGUAGCCAAAAAUUAAGAUGUUGACAAAUUUGUCCACCACACAAAUUAUCAAAUGGAUCUGUUUUUUUUAUUAUUUCUUUGAUGCAAAUAUUGGCUGGGGACGUAAUGACAUGUUCUGCUGUGAACAGGGUUGUCUAUAGACCAUAUUUCAGAAUGUUCUGAGAUGUAGGUUUGUGCUCUUUUGCUAAGAGUGCUCUGGGGUAUGUGAAUUGCAGCCUAAGGUGUCCUGAUUUUUACCUUGCAUUUAAAACCGGUUCUCAUCAACCUGUCCAACUUUGGUCUGUUAUCUAUAAUAAAAUUUGUAUACCUGUUUUGCCACA